UGGUCACUUCUGGCAGCAUUCGAGCUUGAGGUCAUGGUACUCACCAUGAUUCGUGUAUAUUGGGCAUACCGCGAAAGAAGGUGUCUGCUGCUCGAUAUCCUCCUACAACACAACAUUUUUUACUUCGGAACUGGGCUAACACUAUCUAUGCUCAAUCUUCUAGCCAUUGAAUGGUAUCGUUCAACUCCUCAAAUAUGUUUGCAACAUUUCAAAUCGUCAUGCAUACGGUCCUCGUUACUCGGAUGCACCUACAGUUUUGCAACACUGUUUGCGACUCCCCUGAGCCUGGAACUACAUCACGCUCUCAAUUGACAAAUAUUGAACUUCAGACGCGUUCGCAUUCGAAUGCAUGAUGAUUCAAUGGAAUCUGUACAUUUCAUUUUCAUUCAGACAUUUUUUUUCUGUUGUGUUGCAAGAUCUAAGCUGAUAUUGGGCCAUCAGGAAAAAGUGACAGAUACAGGGUAGUAUAUAGUGCUUGCUAGACUAACGAGUAAGAGGUGCAUAAAUUGCUGGAGUUUACGAACGAGGUUUCUCAGUCGAAAAUUAUCAGACGUCUCAGAAUUGGA